AUGAGUGAAGAGGAGGAGCAUCCAAAGGGUAUUCUGAAACAUACCGAUACAAAUGAAAAAAAAAACAAAACCUUUCAGUGGGACGAAAUGAAUAUAUUGGCCACUUACCAUCCUACGGACAAAACAUACGGUCAUAUGAAAGUGGAUGAGCCACCGACCCCUUAUAAUUUUGAAUAUAAUGCCUCUCAGACACCUAGCCAGGGAGUCUCAGCUGAAGCACUUGCAAGCAAACUUGCCGGUAUAUCUGAUAAACCACCCGGAAUGCUUGUCGAUAGGAAGCACGACGCUGAUGCCACUUUGGCACCUGAAGAAGCGGAACAUCGUCGGCAAUUUGAGGAGAAACGGAAGAAGCACUACAACGAAUACCAGGCCGUUCUCGCAAUGCGAGGAUCACACAGCUCUGGAACUGGGGAAGAUGAAGAUGAGGACGAUGACUAUGUGGAUCCCAUCGCGGCGAGGAAUGCAAAAAUAAACUCUCAAACACACGCUCCACACAAUCCCAAGUGA